ACAGCAACCGCCAACAGUCUCCAUUUCUGGACAACGUGAACGCGUAAGCUGCUGCCGCGUAGAAGGCAAUUACGAGCACUGCCCGCUUGUUCUUCUUCCACUUUCUCGUUGCACACGCCAAAACCCACCUCAGCAAGUAGAGUACAGGAGUAGAGAGAGGAGGCCAAGCAAGUACAUUUCACCCCACAUUCUCGUUUCACACGCCAAAACCCACCUCAGCAAAGAAAACCCUUUUGCGUUCGUCGGCAUAAGGAGUCAAAUUUGACAGCUUUUUUGGGUACACGUUUGGAUUUGGAGAGUGCCAAUUAGAAGGAGCCAAAGCCAAGUCAGUCCACCUAACCGCGUCGGCAAACACAAAGCAGAGUUUGUUUCUUCUUCUUCUUUCCUUUCGCUUUGUUUGCGUUGAUUGGUUUUGGUGGGCCUUGGAUAGCUGCUGAACCUGCUGGCUGAGAGUUUGAAAUGUUUUUGCUUUUCGUGUUGGAAUACAAAUCUUGUGUGGGGGUGAUCUAAAACCCAAUGAUUUAAAACCCUUUUCGUUAUUUGUUGAAAUUUUGUAGAAUCUGAUUUGUCUUUAGGGGAAAAGGUAGGUGGAAAUUUGACAAAGGGGAUGUUUAGAUUUUGGCAGAAAACUUACCAAGUAUAUCUCAUUUUUAUUGCUAAUUGAGGUGAUUUGAUGGUCUGAGCUGUGCAGUUGAGGGUGUUGUGAAUCUAAAUCCAAAAUCAGAAGUGGGUUGUUUCAAACUUUGUGUGUUUAUUUGAAUUUAGGGAGUUCGGUUUUGCAGCUUCGAAGAGCGAAGAGAUCUUCUUGAGAUUGGUUAUUGACAGUUUGAUUGUGGUUUCGCUUGUCGGAGAAUAUUAAUAUUGGAAGCAUUUCUAGUGUCUUGUGAGCAUUUGUUCGUGUAAUUGACAGUGCUAGUCUUAAGUUUCUUGGAGUGGAGUUUAGAAGAAAAUGGCUGGGAGUACUGAUGGAGUGACCGAUAAGGUCUACUCAAAUGGGUUGAUUCACCACUCAAGUGACUCUGUUGAGGAGAAGCUUGAUGAGCUUCGGCAUCUAAUGGGGAAAGCAGAAGGUGAUCCACUUCGGAUAGUUGGUGUCGGUGCAGGUGCUUGGGGAAGUGUAUUUGUUGCUAUGUUGCAAGACAGUUAUGGUCAUUUGAGAGAUAAGGUCCUAAUAAGAAUAUGGAGAAGGCCAGGAAGAUCUGUGGAUAGAGCCACGGCAGAACAUUUAUUUGAAGUGAUCAAUUCAAGGGAAGAUGUACUGAGGAGACUGAUUAGGCGGUGUGCGUACUUAAAGUAUGUUGAGGCAAGAUUAGGUGAUCGGACACUUUUUGCAGAUGAGUUACUGAAAGAUGGGUUUUGUGUGAAUAUGAUUGACACCCCUCUUUGCCCUAUGAAGGUUGUCACAAAUUUGCAGGAGGCUGUGUGGGAUGCUGAUAUUGUGGUGAAUGGGCUGCCAUCAACAGAGACUCAUGUUGUCUUUGAAGAAAUUAGUAGGUAUUGGAAAGAGAGAGUAACAAUGCCAGUCAUCAUAUCACUUUCUAAAGGUGUUGAAGCUGAAUUGGAGCCUGAACCGCGCAUAAUUACUCCUACUCAAAUUAUCAAUCGAGCAACUGGUGUUCCCAAUGAGAACAUUCUCUACCUUGGAGGACCCAAUAUUGCCUCUGAGAUUUACAACAAUGAAUAUGCUAAUGCUCGGAUAUGUGGAGCUGACAAGUGGAGAAAGCCCUUGGCCAAAUUUUUAAGGCAGCCCCACUUUAUAGUGUGGGACAAUGGUGACCUUGUUACUCAUGAAGUUAUGGGUGGCUUAAAGAAUGUCUAUGCCAUUGGAGCUGGAAUGGUAGCAGCAUUAACCAACGAGAGCGCCACAAGCAAAUCAGUAUACUUUGCACAUUGUACAUCAGAGAUGAUUUUUAUCACUCAUCUGUUGGCAGAAGAACCAGAGAAGCUGGCAGGACCUUUGUUGGCUGACACGUAUGUAACCCUGUUGAAAGGUCGUAAUGCAUGGUAUGGGCAACAGCUGGCCAAAGGGGAGUUAAGCCUUGAAAUGGGUGAUAGCAUAAAGGGCAAGGGAAUGAUUCAGGGUGUCUCUGCUGUGAAAGCAUUUUUUGAGCUGCUAAGUCAGCCCUCUUUAAGUAUCCUACAUCCCGAUGAGAAGAAGCCCGUUGCCCCCGUUGAGCUUUGCCCUAUCUUGAAGAUGCUAUAUAGAAUUCUCAUAAUAAGGGAGUUCCCGCCACAGGCUAUUCUUCAAGCGUUAAGGGACGAGACCAUGAACGACCCUCGGGACCUUAUUGCAAUCGCACAAACCCAUGCUUUUUACAGGCCAUCCCUUCUUGGUCAGCAGCUUUGAUGUGAAUUCUCUCUCCUUUGCAUGUAAUUUUAUUAGUUCUCAAGCAUGUAGCAAGAAGCACUGGCGUUGUGGUUUUGUAUAGCAGUCUGCCGCGUGAAUAAUGUCUCAGGAGAACGCUUGGUUAUCGGAUGGUUUUUCCGAUGGUGAAUUUUGUUUUGGCAGUAAACCCAGAAUUUAAGACCUCUCACU